AUGCACUCUCUCCGUUUCAGCCCACAAAAAGAUAAGCGCUACCAACUCAAACUCGCUUUCAGGGUGGUUGCCAGUCAAGGAUUUGCUUAUUUGUGGUUAGUUGGUGUACUGUUUUGGAUUAUCUAUGCUGUGAAUGUAGAACAAGGCUUUUGUGGUACCAAUCCACCAAAUAAAGGAACUAUCAACAGCCUGAUUUUCUUGACAAUGAGCAAGGCCUGCUUAAACAAAGUUUACAGCAUUCACCAUUACAAGGUGGCUUCACUGUCCCCGAGGAGAAGCCCCUCUCAUAGCGGCGCCCCCUCAUCACUAGUUUUGACUGCAUGUUUUACCCAAUCUGAUGCACCCCAACGCUCAGAGGAAUGGUUUGCCCUUAGGAAGGACAAGCUGACAACGAGCACCUUCAGCACUGCCUUGGGUUUUUGGAAGGGAAAGCGUCGUGCUGAGCUCUGGCAUGAGAAAGUGUUUGAGUCUGAGACACGAGUCCUUGAAACUUCUGCUAACAGUGCCAUGCAUUGGGGUGUGCUUAAUGAAGCAGAAGCAAUAGAUCGUUAUAAAAGCAUCACAGGUCGUGAGGUUAGCUCAUUGGGAUUUGCAACCCAUUCAGAGGAGCAAUUUGAUUGGCUUGGUGCUUCCCCUGAUGGUCUUCUUGGCUGCUUUCCUGGAGGGGGCAUCCUGGAAGUCAAGUGUCCCUAUAACAAGGGGAAGCCUGAAAGGGGUCUGCCUUGGUCCACUAUGCCUUUCUAUUACAUGCCUCAAGUGCAGGGGCAGUUGGAGAUAAUGGAUAGAGAAUGGGCGGAUUUGUAUUGCUGGACACCAAAUGGAAGCACAAUUUUUCGUGUGUGUAGAGACCGCAGUUAUUGGGAGAUAAUACAUGGGAUUUUACGGGAAUUUUGGUGGGAAAAUGUGAUUCCUUCCAGGGAAGCUUUGUUGCUUGGAAGGGAAGAGGAGGCCAAGUCAUAUAUGCCAGCAUCUACACACAAACAGACUGGACUUGCCAUUGUUAAGAGCUUGAAGUUAGCUGCUGAGUCCAAAUUGCUGUGUAGGGAGAUUGCAGGUCAUGUUGAAUUUUUUAGGUGA